GUGACCGAUUUUUUAAAUGCUUGCAGGUGAUACUGUAACGUACCCCGGUUUGGGGACGUUCACAGACGACCCGCCAUGGGGUGAUACCACUGAACGACCAGUUGGUUAUCUGCCACAAUCACCAGAAGAAGUUAACACCAGGUUUUACUUGGACACAAGGACCCAAACUGACGUUGAAGUUUUUAACACGGACAUGCACGGUUUUGGGCAAACAACAUUUGAUAGAUCUAGACUCACUCGCUUUAUCGUACACGGUUAUAUUCAAAAUGGCGACACUUUGUGGAUGAACGACAUGAGCUCAGCGCUUCGAAGUGUUGAAAACGUGAAUGUAAUACGUGUUGGUUGGUUCGGUGGUUCUCUAACUCUUAACUACGCUCAGAGUGCGACUGACACUCAAAUCGUCGGAGCCGAAAUUGCUCUUUUUAUUCAAAACAUUGCUGACUACUUUCAAAUCAGCCAUGCGAGUUUUCAUUGCAUUGGACACAGUUUAGGCGCACAAGCAUGCAGUUACCUGGGUAGUCGUCUCAAUCCCAAAGUUGGAAGAAUAUCAGGUCUUGACCCUGCUGGGCCUUACUUUGAGGGAACUCCAAUAGAAGUGAGACUGGACAGCUCUGACGCGACAUUUGUUGAUGUCCUUCACACUGAUGCCGAGAAACUGAAAGAUUUUGGAUACGGUACAAACGAAAUUAGUGGCCAUGUUGACUUUUGGCCAAACAACGGUAUACAACAACCGGGGUGUGACCAGAAUAUUCUGUCUACGAUCAUUGGCAUAAACGGGGUCGUGGACGGAGUUCAGAAUUUCGUUGCAUGCAACCAUUUGAGAGCAUUGUCGUUGUAUACUGAGUCGAUCACCACAUCUUGUCCGUUUGAGGGGAACCCGUGCACUGGAUACGAAGAUUAUCUUGAAGGAAACUGUGUUUCGUGCCCCAACAACCGUUGCCCGUCCAUGGGAUACAACAGCAUCAACUUCGCAAGCGACGUUUACCAAUACAGCAACCCAAGCGCGUAUCUGCAAACUGGCUCCCAGGCUCCCUUUUGCGAGUAUAUGACUGAUGUCGUGGUAAAGCUUGGUUCAAGCAGUGACGGUGUGGAGGGAAAGAUUUUCCUAACUCUGUACGGACCUUCAGAGAACACGGCUCAAGUUCAGCUCAGCGACGAGGAUGUUAGUCUUGACUUACGACCUGACACCACGUACACUUACACUGCACAGUACGGUAAAAUGCCAACAGGAUUCAACAAAGUCAAGUUUUUAUGGCAACAGGAUGAGUAUACACUCCAGACGCAAUACCUUACAGUGGAUAGUAUCCAGGUGUGGGUGAAUGAAGACCAAAAAUGGUACACAUUCUGCGGUGACACAAGCCUUAAGAUGAAAAAAGAGACAAGAUACUCGAUGUACGAAUGCUGAAGUCAAACUGCCAAAUUUUGAUUAGUAAUUCGGGGAAGUUUAAAAUCGAAGUAAUCAAAUACAAAUUAAAUAAACAAAACGAGGUACUUUA